GUAAGUGUCCUGUAACCAUGUUCUUGAGGAACUGCAUAUUUUCUGCACGCAGCUCGCACGGGCUCGCCCAAAAGUGAAAGUGAAAGAGAACGUGACGUUUAAACUAAAACGCGUACAAAUGUGGCACCUCUCUGCCAGUCGCUGUUAUUUCACAAACAUUCAUGAGGAUUUCACGAGGAUUUACCCUUCGGCGAUCCCUCUGAAUUCUCCGUGGCAAGUGGACAUGCAUAUGUUCUUUACAUUGAUUUUCAUAACGGCGGCAAAUAUGCAUAAUAUUGCCAGAGCAAGCGGUGUCUGUGGAAAACCAGAACUGGCAGAAAACACAAAACCUGUGUUAUCAUAUAUUGAAAAGAACAUCGGUGAAACUAUUCGCAUUGAGUGUGCAAAGGGCUAUGUAAGGAAAGCAGGGACAUCCAGCCUGUUCCGAUGCACUCAACAACAAAAUAGCAACGCAUGCUGGCACUCUGAUCUUCCUCUCAAGUGUAUACUUGAUCCCAGAAAUCCACCUGUGGCCACAACAGAGCCCACUAGUCCUCAUCCACAAGUCACAUCAUUCACCACAGAAAGAACAACAAGUAAGCAUCCCACACUUCAUGACACAAGCUCGCCAACCACAGCAACAGGACAUAUAGCUUUGACAACAACAAAUGAAGUUGUCACAACCAAAACAAGAAGAACCAGCAGCCAGCCUUUGAUGAGCACAACAAAAGAGACGGAGUCUAUUACAACAACCAAUGAGACAACAACCAGCUACACAAGCAGAGAAUAUAUGACAACAACAUCGUCACAUACGCUGUCAGGCUCUUUCACUACAACAACAGGAGUCAAUGCAUCUGUGAGGACCUCAACUAUUUCUGAAGGAGGAAAUGCAGGGGCAGCCUUUUCUAAUGCUACAUGUAAGUGCCAUUUAUGGCUGUUAAUUUCUUACAACCAUAUUUCUCCACCUUGUGCUAACUAA